AUGCUUGACAGCGAGAGCCGGCCCUUCGCACACGACCAAAAGGCCACGGUCUGGUCCCGCAUCAGAGGCGCCUUUGGCCACGUGUUGCCACCCACCAAACGCCAUUUUAAACAGCAGGCCGUCUAUGAAGGCCUCGACUACGAGGAAACCGAAUCGGAGAUUGAGCAGGCCUUGCGACGCAAGGAAACAGAACAGCAAAACAACUUUCAUAUUGCCCAGCGCUGGGCCUUGUACUUUGUCAUUGGCGUCAUCACCGCCGGCAUUGCUUGCUCCAUUGAUAUGGCCAUUCUCAAGCUAUCUGGCCUCAAGUUUCGCUGGCUCGCCAACAACAUUGAGCACUGCGUCCAGCACGACUGCCUUGUCUCUUCCUUCUUUCUCUGGAUUGCCACCGACGUCGCUCUCGUCACCCUGGCCGGUGCCCUCACCGUUUAUUAUGCUCCAGUCGCCCAGGGCAGCGGUAUCUCAGAGAUCAAAUGCUUUCUGAACGGCAUCAAGAUGCCCGAAGUGGUUCGGCUCAAGACCCUGCUUGUCAAAGGCUUUGGUGUCAUGUGCGCCGUCGUGGGUGGCAUGGCUGUCGGCAAGGAGGGCCCGAUGAUCCAUUCCGGUGCAGUUGUGGCCGCCGGAAUCUCCCAGGGCAAAUCCACAAGCAUCAGCAGCUUGCAUACCAGCUGGUUCUCAGCCUUUCGCAACGACGUUGACAAGCGUGAUUUUGUGUCGGGUGGUGCAGCAGCCGGUGUGAGCGCCGCCUUUGGUGCUCCUAUUGGUGGCGUACUGUUUAGUCUCGAAGAGGGCUCUUCCUUUUGGAACCAAUUGCUGACUUGGCGCAUUUUCUUCGCGUCCAUGACCGCAACCUUUACACUCAACUUUUUGCUAUCGGGUGUCAAGGGUGGUGAUUGGGGUGCGCUGAGCAAUCCAGGCUUGCUUAACUUCGGACAGUUUGACACCAUGCCCUAUACCAUUGCGGAAAUUCCUAUUUUUAUGUUGAUGGGUUUGAUUGGUGGCCUCUCCGGCGCCGCCUUUAACGGCCUCAACCUCUAUCUAACCCGCUUUCGCAUGAAGUUUAUCACUAGCCGCAAGCUCAAGCUGCUUGAAGUGAGCGCCAUUGCUGCCAUCACUGUUGCUGUCGCUUUUAGCAUGAUCUUCUUUUCGGCGGACUGCCUGCCAAUGGGCGAAUCACCUGAAAGCAGUUCGCCGCUGCAAUUCUUCUGCGCUGACCAUCAGUACAGCGCCAUGGCCUCACUCUUUUUCAAUACGCCUGAAGACAGCAUCAAAAACCUCUUCCACGGCAAGUUUGCGGAGAUUGGUAGCUACAACUAUGAAACUCUGGCCCUGUUUGCACUUGCCUAUUGGCUUUUGGGCUGCAUGACCUACGGUCUGGCCAUUCCCUCUGGCCUCUUUGUGCCCACGCUAUUGACGGGCGCAGCAUGGGGUCGCCUGGCUGGUACCAUCCUGACCGCCAUCUUUCCUGGGCGCGCCUGGACCAACCCAGGCAAGUAUUCCCUGAUCGGGGCGGCGGCCAAUUUGGGCGGUGUGGUACGCAUGACCAUCUCGCUGACGGUCAUUGUGAUCGAGGCCACCGGUAAUGUUUCCUACGGUCUGCCAAUUAUCAUUGCUGUCAUUGUGGCAAAGUGGGUUGGUGACCGUUUCAAUGAGGGCAUCUAUGACAUGCACAUUGAGUUGAAGCAUAUCCCGCUUCUACCUUGGGAGCCUCCGGUGGUUUCUCGUUACCACCUGACUGCCUCGGACAUCAUGACCCGCAAGAUUCAAUGCGUGCGGCUGCAUGAAAAGGUUGGCCACAUUGUCGACUUGCUGAAGGAGAGCAAGCACAACGCAUUUCCCGUCAUCUCCUGGCCUGAUGGCGAUGAUACACAGCUGGGCAUCUUUGAGGGUCAAGUCCUGCGCUCGACUCUGAUCGUCCUGCUCAAGGAGAAGGCCUAUGGCCCCAAACUGCGCAAUUCGAUCAAAGGCAGAAAACUGACGGUACAGGAAAUUCGCAAGUACUACCCCCGCUGGCCGACCGCUAGCUCCCUGCGUGUAAGCGCGGGUGACCGAGAAAAGUUUUUGGAUAUAGAGGCUUACUACAACAAGUCGCCUUAUUCCGUGCGGUGGAACAACUCGCUGUCGCGCAUCUUUCACCUCUUUCGCACCAUGGGGCUGCGGCAUCUGGCCGUCGUGGACAUUCAAAAUCGGCUGGUGGGCAUGAUUACGCGCAAGGACAUUGCGAACAUUCAUGCUAACAUGACUCGUGAAGACUUUUUCGAGUCGAUCAUCGGCAAAUCAAACACCAUUUAUGAAUUGCCGGCUGAGGUUUCCUAUCAGCGUUAUCGCCGAUUAGUCUUCAAUGCCGUCGUCCCGGAUCCGGACCACCAUUAG